AUGAUUUCCGAAAAUAUUGUGAGCACUUUAAUUGUAAUUUGUGGAAUAUUAUUGAAAUUCUCUAAUAAUUGUCGCGCCGUUGAAGUUGGUUUGCCGCUGAUACAAAUAAGUCAUGAUGAUGACUUGGGCGAUGAUUACCCGGAAUUGCGUGAAGAAGUGCAUUUGGAAGAUUUCUUUUGGACAGGCUCCGGCGAUGGUCCACCGGAUUAUUUGAAAAAGGUUCAUACGGGCAUAAGUAAAGGAAAGGAUGUGGUGGUGAAGACUGAAACAGUUGUGGCCACCGUUUAUGUGGAUGGUAAUAAUGAAGUUGAUAUACCAAUUUGUUUGGAUUGCUAUGGUGAAGGUACUGUGGGCAUAGAUGGUACCUGGACGGGCGUAAAUAUGCCACCACUAAAUUACUCAGCCACUGAUAGACGCUACUGGCUGUUGACGGUCAUGUCGGGGUUUUACACACAAAAGGAUAAUCCCAUAUUGGAAGAGAAAUUAGCAAGACUUUACCGUUUAGCUUUUACUAGGCAGCAAACCAGACAUUUGGGUAUAAAUGGUGGUCAACAUAUAUCGGGAAUUUCAAUAUCAACACCGGGCAGGGAUAGACGACAAAGUGAGUCGACUACAACUAGAGAGCCUUCCGAUUAUGACAGCGAACUAAUUGAUAUGCAUGCUAAUAAUCAACCUCUCAAUAAAAAUUCUCAAUCUCCUUAUCCCAUUAAUAUACAUUCUGAAUUAAUGGCAUCGUCCGAAGAAAGUUUCGAGGAUACAACGACUAUGGAUUAUGAAGUGCGGGUGACUGAUAUGAUGGCUGAAGCUUCCGAAAUUGCAACCCAAGUGGCGACUGUGACACCUUGGGAACUCAUACAACAAAAUGAUAAAUCACAAAAACUUCUGUCGCCCUUAGCAUUUAAAACACAUGCAAUGCCCCUAUUGAAAUCACAAAAAUUGUCAGCAUUAAGUUUUCGUGACGACCAGGUGCGAGUUGUUAUACAUAAUGUCACGCAACUGACAGAAGAGGAUGUGCAACAAAGAGGCAAUGUAGGGGUCGGUGUGAGUGGUACGUUGUAUGAUGAAGACAUUAAUGAAAAAAUAGAUGAACGACCUGUAGCCAAUCAGACAGAAUUAAUCUAUUCCGUGUUUGUUAAUGGCCGCCCUGUUUUGGCUGUAACGGCAGCCAAUGACAUGAAAUUGGUUAGUGAGUCCGAGGUCUCUACGGUAAUGGGUAAAGAAAUAUUUAUGAAAGCAGAACCGUAUUUGAGAGAACCCCAGGCUACACCUUUAGCCCCAGCCACCCAUAGUGGUACAGAUUCAGGUUUCAUAGAUUCCAUUCAAAAUAAUCCCAUAUUGGUGAUAGUUAGUUCAAUUGCCAUAUUACUAUUGCUAUUGCUACUAAUAGCUCUACUUUUAAUGGGACGCUCUCAUGUCAGGCAUAAGCAGAAUGAGGUGGAUAGAACCACUAGUCGCAAUGAACUCCUGUCCGAAACACAAUCGGUGCGACCGACUUCAACAAUAUCAGCCUUGGACACUGGUCGUACCACCACACAGUCUCGUGAUGUUGGCAUACAAAACUUUUCAUUCGAAAACGAAACUGGUCACGGGGACCGAGAACCACGCAUACAUUUUCCAGGACCACCUGCACAACGCACACGUAGAUCAUCCAUAACUUCUUCAGACAAUACUUCAGAUUCGUCUGUGUACUGUCCCAUAAAUCCACCUGCAGCUGAUGUUCAACGAAUGCUCGACGAAAAGGCAGCCAAUCUGUUUGAGCGUCAUAAGACGAGAAGACACAAUCAAUACGAUAGAGCCGAAGGACAUGAGGAUGCUGUAUAUACCACUGUAAUAUCGGAAAAGAAACGAGAUAAGUCGAGGCAGCACAAACCAAAACGUCGUUAUUUGUCGGAAAAUCGUGUGGGCUCUCUAGAAACGAGUCCGGUACAAAGUCAACGAGAUUAUUCUGGUGAUGAAGGUGAUGCCGCACCAGCAACCAAACAUUCAUAUGCCCAUUUUGAGAGAACAAAUGAGGCAUAUAAUCGCCACAACAAUUAUCAUCGCAAUAAACUGUUGCAUCAGAAAACCAUAUAUGGCGACAGGGAUUGUGAUGAUGUAGAAGAAGCUUCUUCGGAAGCCAUUAAUAAAGAGAUUAUACGAGUUUUGCAGCCAACCGAAAAAUCUUCGGAUUCCGGUAGUAUUGGCUCGUUUUUGUCGAUGCAGUCGGUUAAAGCGUUUCCAAAAACAACAUUGCCCGAACCCUUAAAUCGUGUUCUAGAGCCCGUUUUUGUCACAUACUAUGACAACAUCGAAAAUGUCCAUCAAACUUCGUCCAAAACUGGCAAAUCUCAGAGCAAGAAACGUUCUUCGAGAGAUGGCUUAGACUCGACUACCAUAGCUACCAUUGAAAGCUUUCCUACGCCCAAAGCUCCACAAAAGUUUUCACGUUUCGCCUCACAAAGUGAUAAUCCUGAUCCGGGAGUUGUGGGCCCUAUAGUGUGGGAACGUCAUAAGAAACGCUUAAGUGCUGAUGAUGUCUUAGACAAUGAAGAAGAGGAUUGUGAGGUAUAUAAACAUAAAACUACGGAUUAUUAUAGUCCUUCGAAAGAUCCAGCUGCUAUGCGUAACCACUAUGAAGGCUUACUAGAGGGCGCUUUGCAAAUGUAUUCCAGUCAGGAUGAUCUGCCCAUGCCAUUGCCCACCAGAGAUUUCUCCAAUCAACGCAAACCGACAAAACGUGAAUUACGCGGUUCUUCAGCAGGAGCUUCCAAUUGCAAUCUUAAAUCUUCGGCUCUUGAUAAUCGUCCUGCUACAGCUCAACCGGAAAAAACUAGCAAAUCAAAUCAUUCCACCCAACCACCUUCACCCAAUCUAGGAGCUUGGGGUAGCGGUGGUGGCAGUGCUCAUGGUUCGCACUCGCCUCUUGUUCGACCCAUGAGUGCUGGACCAUUUCAUCGUCCAGCUGAUAUUCACAGCAGUAAUAUGGCCGCACGCCCUGUGCACGAUCUUUCCACAGCACCCCUAAUAGAGGCCAUACAAAAGGAAUUGCGCAAAUUUCAAAAUGAUCCCAAGUAAUAUUUUCAUCAAGUCACAAAAACUCAAAUGAUAUUUAAUUUUUAUAAUACGAUUUUAAAUGUAGUUUUUAUUGUUUGUAUAAAGGAACAUUUUAAUGAUUGCA